UGGAGGAACGGAUUCUUUGACAUUUCAAAGGCAGUGUUCGUUUUCUGAUACGAAAAUAUCAAUAAUGAUCAAUAUCUCAAACAAAACAAUAGUUGCGACAAUAUUAUAACAAUAUUUCGCUCCAUAUUCAAUCAAAACUUUGAGAAUGUGUGAUGUUUGUUCGGAGUUCUCACAUCUUUUAGUUAACUGCGAAACGCGACUAACCGACGAUGUGUCCCAAUAUCCCUCAAUAAGUCAGACUGAGCUUGAAACAGUAUUAAAUUACAUUCUUUCCUGGCCACAAAGGCAAUGUAUGUGUUGCUACCGUGACGUUAAAAAUUUUGAAAGAUUUUAUCUUGUUGUGCAAAGUAUUAUUUGUCUUUCUGUAUUUCAACUCAAAUUACUCAAAGAUGAACUAAUUGCUGCAUCAGAUAGUCCACCAAAUAAUUCGUCAGAUACCAGUCUCGAGAUAGCAAAGGAUGAGAAGAAUAGCUCAACAAAGAAUGAUGAGAGUGAUGAAAAAUCUGUGGAAGAUUUAAAACAUGAGAGUACAAAAAAACCAGAGCCCAGUGAACAGAGUUCUAACGAUGUAUCAAAAACGGAAAAGUUAUCCACAAGUACAGAGAAUGAGCCAUGGCCCAUACAACAGAGAGAAAAACUCUUACACAUUGUGUCAAAAGUUUUUCUUCAUAACUUUCCAUUGUACUUAGCUUGCAAGCACUCCACUUUGAGUAGACUUGAUGAUCUCUCCGCUCAAGAAAUAUCGAAUCUAAGCUCAUAUUGUGACUUGCAUGAUACUGAGAUACCACCAUAUUUAUUGAGAAAUGUAAAUUUAUUUUGUAAAUUGGGUGGGGUCUGUGCAAUGACUGCUGUAUUUGAACAUGCCACAGCAAGCACACUACCACUGUCUAUGGCACAUGCAAUUGUAGCAGCAGUAGGAAAUUUGAAACUUUGGUUGAAUUUUAGAGCUGUAGCUCAACAAUUCAUGCCUUUACGGAGCAAAAUACUCAAAUACAUGUGUAGCUUAGAGGAUAAAGACUUAAGAGUCCCUGCAGUGAAAUCAAUGGCGGAUUUCAUGUGGGGUGCAGCAAAAGAGCCACUAGAUUCACCGCUUGCCUUUGAUGAAGAUGGGCUUGCACUGGCUUUCAAAUACUUUAAUAGCAGUACUUUAACAAUGAGGUUAGCUGGUAUAGCCCAGAUCAAUGCUCAUAUAGCUGCUCACAAUGAACUGUGUGCGGGAGAAUCAGCAGCUGAUGCAGAAGUGGCUGGACAGCAAUUAGCUGCUUGGUUAUCAUUCAAUAACAUCAUUGAACAUUUGUUUGGACCAAAUUUGCAUGUUGAGGUUAUCAAACAGUCCCACAUGAUCCUCAAGUUCCUAGCUGUGGAGGGUCAAGUCACCUCAGAACAUGUAGAGCUGGUCUGGGCGGCAGCUCAACUAAAGCACUGUGGACGUCAAGUGUAUGACCUACUGCCAGGAUUCAUUAGAGCUCUGUCUCCAAAGCCAUGUGCCCAUCUCUAUAGUCUUCUGUGUGCUUUACCUCCUAAGGAACAUACUGAACAGAGUCUGUACCUAGCGUCAGCGCUGAUGCGCGCGAUGUGGACGCGCGGGCGCGGCGCGGGCAGCCCGGCGGGAGAGCCGCCGCGCCUGCCGCCGCCCGCCUGCAAGCCGCACCGCUCGUCGUCUGAGGCUAGCGUCAGUAUGGACCAGACCAACUCGGACGAUGAUCCCUGUGAAGAGUUGAGUACAUCAGGUGAAGAGGCCGGUCCCACACCACGGAAGCAAAGUAAACAUCAGCGGGAGUUGACAGCUGAACAAGAAUGGCUUCGAGAGGGUGAAGAACUUACCAAAAAGGAUUGCGCAACUCUUAAAUCAUGUCAAAAACGUAACAAGCGCGCCGGCAGCAGCGGCAGCGCGAGCAGUGGCCCCGAAGAGCUGCUGCGGCCGCGCAAGAAGAAGCUGUACAAGAAGCGACACAAGCCCGGCAAGCCCAGGCAUUUCCCAGCGCAAUUAAAAACUGCCGAGCUCGCAGAGUCAGUGUCGGAAGUGGAGGAAGAGUCGUCUGGAAGUGAUACUGCACACUGUCAAUUGCUCUGCGAUAAUGUUGAUGCAAGAAGAUUAAUGGAACUCCGUCUCCUCGAGAGUUACAAGCGACGUUCAGAGGAAGAGGGCAGUGCGUCAUCAGCGGUUUCACCGCACUCGCACCGUCUUCCUGAUCUCGAUGAGGAUGACUCUGCAUGUGAGGAAGAACUGGCUAGACUUGCGGCUCAGGCGCAGUGUAUCCCCGAGUACGGCGUGGGCGCGCUCGCGCUGGGCGUGGCGGCGGGCGGCGCGCUGCCCUUCAGCGUGGACGACGUGUGCCGCCCCGGCAACACGCUGCUGUGGGACCUGCUGCAGGACGGCGCUAUUGAACAACUCGGCGAAGGCCUCGCGUUGGAGGCUGAAAAAGCUCUGUGUGCUCUGUUGUGCUUCAGCACAGAUAAAUUUAUUAGAAUUAAGUUCAUUGAAGGCUGUCUAGACAACCUCGCGAAUCACAGGUCUGUUGCUGUAUCUCUUCGGCUGUUGCCGAAAUUGUUUUCAUCUUUUCAACAAUUGCGUGGCAUGGAUAUGCAUCAGGUGGUAAUGUGGGCGGAGCGUGAACGUGGCAUGAUGCGAUUGUUUCUCGAGGACCUACGUCACUAUGUCAAGCAACGAGCUAGUGCGAGCGCUAGUGCAAGUGCAGGUGCCAGUGGUGCAAGCGAGGCACAGCACUACGCGCACAUAACUGAGUUAACCGUGCGCUUACACUUUCUUACUGCUAUUUUCUCGCCGGUCGGAUCUCCACAUCAUUUUAGACUCACAGUAGAACAAGUGGAGGAGCUGUGGCAAUGCCUUGUGGUAGAAGGUACCAGUGAGUGUGCAGACUGUCUGUACUCAUGGCUAUUGUCGCACACUAAGACGCCCGACCAACACGCGCUUGGAUUGGAUGCUCUGAGAUUUUUAUAUGUAGAAAAGAUGCCUACUCUUGAUCCAGAGACAAUCAGCAUAAUGGGCCUCAGCCUAUACCAGCAGCUAUGUAACUUGGCACGCAUGGCGCUCGGUGCGGGCGACACGCACCCGCACCACCCGCACCACGCCCACCACCCGCACACGCUGGCCAUGGACCAUCUGUGGAAGAUUGCACUGCGGGCCAACAGUACUGAUGUAUCAAUGGGUGCCAUCCAGUACUUGAACAGCUAUUAUAUGGGGCAGCAAUUACAGCAAGAGGAUGAUUUUGUGUCAAAGUGCAUGUUUCAUUUAUCGUCUGCGGCUGAGAGGCUAAUUUCCAAAAGUCAAGAUGGUGAGGGCACUUCGAAUCAGGAUAUAAAGUGCGAUGAUGGAAAAGAAGAAAAAACGACCGAUAAACAGAAUAUAUAUGAACACAUGACGGAAGAGGCCGCUCUCCAAUGUAUACAGAGGGCGUUACUGUUACUGAAGACUCACUUGGAUACUUUUAAAAGAAGAAAUAAGCGCUUAGUCGAUAAUACUACUUCUGUAACUGCUGUAGCCAGCCUCGUAGCUGAUAAUAAUACUAGCCUUUAUUCUGUCAAAGUUUUAACUGGUGAUACUCCUUUCCAUAAAAUUCUUACUGAGUUCCCAGAAAUCACUCGACCAGCUGGUACGCACCGCACAGUACUCCACAACACCGUACAUCACAUACUCACGACGCCAGGGCCUCCAGUUUCCUCAUCACCCCGUCGUCUUGCGCCUGAUAAAUUAAAAAUUGCUCAGCAGGAAUUUGAGUCCAUGCUCGCCAGCGGGAUUGCUAGACCCUCAAAGAGCCCGUGGUCCUCUCCACUCCACCUAGCCUGUAAGAAGGACAACGGUUGGCGUCCGUGCGGCGAUUACCGCAUGUUGAACGCCCGUACUGUGCCCGACAGGUAUCCAAUUCGGCAUAUCCAUGACUUUGCUCAUUCUAUAGCUGGGUGCAAAAUAUUUAGCACAAUUGAUUUGGUCAAAGCCUAUCAUCAGAUACCUGUCAGCCCAGAGGACAUUAGUAAAACGGCCAUUACCACACCAUUUGGGUUAUUUGAAUUCCCUUUCAUGACCUUUGGCCUUCGAAAUGCGGGCCAAACUUUCCAGAGGUUCGUGGACGAGAUGACCAGAGGCCUAGAUUUCGUGUACUGCUAUCUAGAUGAUUUUUUAGUAUUUUCGCGCGACAGCCAGCAGCAUGAAGAGCACCUCCGGAUCAUCUUUGGUAGACUGAAGAACUACGGCAUGGUGAUAAACACGUCAAAGUGUGUUUUCGGGGUCAAGGAGGUAACUUUUUUAGGUUACAGCAUCUCCGAGCGAGGCACCCGACCACUUGACGCCAAAGUCCAGGCAAUUAAAGACUUCCCUACACCCACCAACGUGCGGCAACUGAGGGCAUUUUUGGGCAUGCUCAAUUUUUAUAGGAGAUUUCUUCCUCAGGCUGCUCAAGUUCAAGCCCCAUUGCAUGCGUUGUUGACCGGUACAGUCAAGGGAUCACACCCUAUCCAGCUCGAAAAGGAGACCCUAGCUGCUUUUGAAGCUUGCAAGGAGAGCUUGUCUAAUGCCGCUCUUCUAGCACAUCCGGACUGCACUGCAAAGCUCGCCCUGGUGACUGAUGCGUCAGACAUGGCGAUUGGUGCCGUUCUCCAACAGCUUAAGGAUAACUCGUGGGAGCCGUUAGCUUUUUUCUCACGAAAAUUAAGCCCUUCCCAGGUAAAGUACUCACCUUAUGAUAGGGAACUACUUGCUAUUUAUGAAGCGGUGAAACACUUUAGGCAUAUGCUCGAGGCCCGACACUUCAUAGUCUAUACUGACCAUAAGCCGAUCAGUUUUGCAUUCCACGAAAGGAAAAAAAAUUGUUCGCCCAGGCAGUAUAGACAUUUAGACUUCAUUUCCCAGUUCACAACCGACAUACGACAUAUAGCGGGUAAGGACAAUAUCGUCGCUGAUACUCUGUCGCGGAUCGAGGAACUGGGAGCACCCGUCGACCUCGAGACUUUAGCCAAGGCCCAGGCUGCGGACAACGACCUUUCUAAGUUACUAGAAGAGGGUUCGUCAUUGCGCCUGGAGAAACUUCACGUACCUGGGAGUCGUAUAGCUCUGUACUGUGACGUAAGUACGCCGACUUCCAGACCAUACGUGCCCAAAUUUUUCAGGAAACAGGUGUUCGAUAGUCUCCACUCAUUCAGCCACCCUGGCGCUAACGCAUCGGCUAAAUUAGUUGCUGAGAGAUACGUAUGGCCAGGAGUGCGCAAGGACUGCAGAGAGUUUGCACGAGCCUGUAUUCCAUGUCAACGUGCCAAGGUAACACGUCACGUGACCGCUCCACUAGGCACGUUUAAUUUACCUAGGGCACGGUUUAAACACAUCCACAUCGACCUUGUGGGACCCCUUCCUCUCUCAAAUGGUUACCGGUAUUGUCUGACGGCAGUAGAUAGGUUUACUCGUUGGCCAGAAGCAAUACCGAUCGAGGACAUCACAGCGGAGACAGUUGCCAAAGCCUUACUUUCAGGUUGGAUAGCUCGAUUCGGCUGUCCUACAAACAUUACAACCGACCGUGGCCGUCAGUUCGAGUCGGCGCUCUUCCAAUGUUUAGCCAAGAUAGCCGCAUUCGAACAUAAACAUACAACUGCUUACCAUCCAGCAUGCAAUGGACUUGUGGAACGUUUCCAUCGACAACUUAAAGCUGCGAUAGUAUGCCAUGGGAAUGAGAGAUGGACCGAGUCUUUACCAUGGGUUCUGUUAGGCAUUCGAACAGCUAUUAAAGAAGAUCUUCAGUCUUCAUCGGCUGAGCUGGUAUACGGCGAACCCCUGAGGUUGCCGGGUGAAUUUUUCAACCCCAUCACGGUAGGUACUACCGAUACUUCUGAUUUUAUAGCUCGCAUCAGAAAUUUAGCCAGGCAGCUCCAGCCAACACCAACAAGUCGCCAUGGUAAACCGAAUACCUUCGUUUACAAGGAUCUCGCCACUUGUGAUCACGUUUUCCUCCGUGAAGACGCAUCUCGUGGUUCUCUACAACCGGCUUAUUCAGGUCCACAUAAGGUUUUGUCAAGGGGGAGUAAAGUUUUUAAGAUAUUGUUAAAAAACAACGAGGUCACAGUAUCGAUAGACCGUAUUAAACCGGCCUUCAUACUGUCUGACCAUAAAGACGAACCCUCGCCAGAUAUACCCAAAGAGUAUGUCACACGUUCUGGGCGUCGGAGAUUCAUGGGUCAAAUGUGUAGUUCUGUGCCGCAAUCACUUUUAACAUUGCGACCAGAGAUCACAGAGGUGGCUGCAAGAUUGUCCACGUCAUUUUUUAUUGAAACUUUUAUCCAUGCUAAAGAAAAGCCAACAAUGGUGUCGUGGGUGGAGUUAGUGACGAAGCAGUUUAACGCGUCCGCCGCCGCGUCUGAGUGGUUCUUGGGACACAUGGCGGAUGACACGUGGUGGCCGAUGCAGGUGCUUAUAAAAUGUCCGAAUCAAAUGGUUCGGCAAAUGUUUCAGAGGCUAUGUAUGCAUGUCAUACAGAGGCUAAGGUCUAGUCAUUGUGCGCUAUACCUACAGGGUAUGGAGGAAGGCGAGGAUAGUAGUAAAUUGGGUGAAGCGAGUUGUGUUACUAGGUUUAUAAGGAUGUUGUUAUCAUUGAUGGAGUCAGGAGCGCGGUCCCACUUGCGCCACCUGACGGAGUACUUCAGUCUGCUGUACGAGUUCAGCAAGAUGGGAGAGGAAGAGGGGCGGUUCAUGUUGCGGGUCAACGCCAUAUCGAGCAUGGUUAAUUUUUAUCUCGGACAAAAUUCUAACACGGUGGAGUCACCGACCGAGGAGGCGGGCAGCAGCGGCAGCGGCAGCGGCAACAACGAGUCGGGCGGCGACAAGCUGCGGCCCGGCGCGCUCGACAAGAUGGUGGCGCUCGUGGCCGGCCUGCUCGAGCGCAGCCGCGACGCCGCCGGCCAGCUCGCGCUCGGCGACAGCGACGCCAAGGCGCUGCUGCAUGCCAAGGGGUUUCCCUUUCUCUACCAACAAACACGAGACUGCUUGAACUUGCAGCAGACGCGCUCGCUGAUAUUUGCGCUCUGCCGAUGGAACGAGCCGCUCGCACAGAAGAUAGUCCACAUGAUAUUUCAGGCGAUUGCUAAACACUCUGAAAGCUGCGGGCCGUUUUUUAAGUUGAUAACGCUGCUAGUGGAGGGCAGCGGCGGCGGCAGCGGCGGCGGGGGCGGCGGCGCCGGCGGCCUGCCCUGCUUCACGCAGCUCGUGCUCGCGCGCCUGUGGGACCUCGCCGACGUGUGCCCGCACGCCGCGCUCGAGUGGCUCGCCAUGCAGGUGCCACGCAACAAGGCGGCGCACGCGUGGGCGCUGCGCACGGCGGAGCGGUGGGUGGAGCCGCAGCUGCUGGCGGCGGGCGCGGCGCGGGUGCGCGCGGCGGCGGCGCUGCUGCUGGUGGCGCUGGUGCCGAGCCAGCACUUCCGCGCGGGGUACGCGCGCGCGCGCCCGCACUCGCACCACUCGCCGCACGCGCCGCACUCGCACCACGCGCACCACGCGCACCCCGCCAAGCUGCCCGACACCGCGCACCACACGCUGCACCAGGUAUACACGAUGUUAUUGGGCAAGCUAAAAGCGGCCCGCAAGUACACAGACAUUGCGGUGCACGGCACUAUGAAGCUGACUGCGUACUUUGGUGUCAUGUCUUACUGCGUCGUCAGCAGAGUGGAAAAAUUAAUGUUCGGGCAAUACUUCAUGGACCUGUGGGACCUGUACCAUCCGGGCAUCUCCGAGCCGUCGGUGGCGGUGCAUCCUAACAAGCAGGCGCUUAUCACCUUCUGGCACACCGUGUCCGUGGAUUGCCCGGAGAACGUGCAACUGAUCGUUUCCAACCCGAGGGUCAUAAAGCAUAUCGCCUUCAAUUAUAUACUCGCGGACCACGAGGACGGCGAGGUGGUGGCGUACAACCGCGCGAUGCUGCCGCCGUACUACGCGCUGCUGCGGCUGUGCUGCCGCCGCUCGUGCGCGUUCGCGCGCACGCUCGCGCAGCACCAGAACGUGCACUGGGCGUUCCGCAACAUCGCGCCGCACUCGCACCUCUACCCCGCCGCCGCUGACGAGCUGCUCAGGCUGGCGCGCAUCCUGGCGGCGCGCGGCGGCACGAGCAGCGCCGCGAGCGGCGGCGCGGGCGGCGGCGCGGCGAGCAGCGCGGCCGGCGCGCCCGAGAUCGACGAGCGCGAGGCCGCCGCCUUCCGCCGCAGCACGCUCGCCGCGUACCUGCAGGGACUGAACGGGCGAACGUCGUGGACCACGUUAAUAUCGGCGUUUUGCACUCUGGUAGAGAAUGGGGACGAUAGACUUUAUGUUGUCUAUAACGGAGGAUUGCAGAUGACUUUUGAAGCGUUACACAGUCUGCACGCGGUGUACGUGGAGGGGGGCGCGGGCGGCGCGGGCGGCGCGGGCGGCGCGGGCGGCGCGGCGGGCGGCAGCGCGGGCGUGCGCGGCGAGCUCACCGCCGCGCUGCGCUGGGCGCGCGCGCUCUGCCGCACGCUGCGCACGCGCCGCGAGCCCAAGGAGGCGCGCGCGCUGCUGCUAGCCUGCAAGGACUGGCCAGAGUGCGCACGUCGACUGCUAACACUAUUAAACUUGCAUCAACGCUCCGCGCUGUUACCGCAAGCUGCUCUAGGCGUGCUCCGCGAGCUGGUGAUGAUAGGCGGCGGCGCGGCGCUGGGCGCGCUGGUGCCGCUGGCGGCGGGCGCGCACGCGGCGGCGCGCACGCCGGCCCGCCCGCGCCUGCGCACGCGCGCGCACCCGCACUGCGCGCCGCCGCCGCUCUACCGACCCUACCACCGGUUCAUAGACACGUGCUGUCGAGUAGCGCGCAGUCAGCGCUGUAUGUCGGAGCAAUUGGUGCUAUUGUCAGCAUUGUGCGCGCUCGAAGCGGUUCCACUUAGAUUCAACUAUUUCGCCGCUUUCUGGAGGGAUAUUGCUAACACACCGGCGGACGCAAAACUGGAAGAAAUGCUCCUAGAGUGUAGCGUGUUAACGGAAUAUAUUGAUGCAAUCCUUUUAGAUGAAAGAGAAUCUUUAGAAGAUCCCACCAUUUACGAAUUUAUGCAACAUUAUUAUCCCAAGGUGUGCCAGGUGAGCGGCGGCGGCGCGGGCGCGGGCGCGGUGGAGGCGCUGGCGGAGGAGCUGGGCGGCUGCGCGAGCGGCGCGCUGCUGGGCCCGCUGCGCGCGCUGCUGCUGGCCAGCGCGGGCCCGCUGCCGCCCGCCGCGCUCGCCGCGCUGCAGCGGGCCGUCGCCGCGCUGCAGCUGCGCUCCUUCUCGCUCGAAGGUGAGUGGCGCUGCGUGGCGACAUUUUUUAUAAAUACGGGGUGUUCUAUGCUCGAUGGAACUUUAGUUUUUACUUUACGUAAAUAA